UGUUUCGCGCGAAAUUUACUAGAGUAUGUGACGGAAACUAAAGCAAGAGGUUAUGUCAGUUUAAAUAGCGAUAUACAUACGGUUAAGAGAACAACACUCUAUUGUAAUGGCAACAAAUUGUUCAAUUCAAAGACAAGAUGUAGACGAAAGUGGCGAGCUACGAAUUAAUGAAGGAAAUACAACGCUUGGUAGAGGUGGCUUCCUUAAAGUAGAUGAUAAGAAAGUCUCAAGAACACACGCUGUGUUGGAAUUAAAAGAAAACAAACUGGUUAUAAGUUCCACUCAUGCUAAUCCUUGUUUUGUGUUUUUGAAAGCAUCAGGGAAAAAACUUUUGCUAAAAAAGGGUGGUUCAGUUAGGUUAACAACUGGGGAUGAAUUUUCAUUGUUGCAAAACAAGUAUAAAUACAAAGUAUCCCUACAGGAUGAUUCAAAUAACAGCAGUAACAAAGAUGUUGCUAGUGCUAGUGAAGAAACAAAAUUAUGCCAAAUAAAUGAAGGAGAAAAUUCUUUACAUGUGAAACCAAAAAUAUUUAAUAAAAGUCAAAAGUUGUUUCCUAAGACUAACAAUCAGCCGCCUAACACUGAAGAAACUCCUAAAGUUUCCAAGAAAAGGAAACUGCCUUCAUGGAUGAAUAAUAACAACAAAGUUUUGAAAACUGAUGAACAAAAUAGCAGCGGUGAUUUAAAAACUGAACAAAAUUUAUCACAGUGCAAUGAAAAUGUAAGUGAUGAUGAUAUAUUUAGUGAACAGGAACCUACAAGCCAUUAUAAUGCAAAGGAAUCUGUGAAACAUGAGAAAGAAAACGAAUUGGAUGAUGUUGAAAGCAAUUCCAGUGAUGCCAACGGUAUUUUAAAUGAUAGCCACUUCAGUGAUGCUAAAUCAACUGCAGAUGAUGAAUCAGAUUUAACCCCUGAUCGCAUUUCAGAACCUGAUGACACUGAAUGUCGACCUGUCAAUCAAAAAUCACCUAUCAGACAAAAUUCACUUAUCAAUCAAAUUUUACCUAUCCAUCGAAAUUCACAUGUCAACCAAACUUCACUUGCCAAUCAAAACUUACCUGCCAAUCAAAACUCAUCGGUCAGUCAAAUCCCACCUGUCAAUCAAACUUCACCUGCCAAUCAAAACUCACUCGUCAAUCAAACACCAUCAACAUCAAGAAGAGAACCUUGUGUGUUUGGCCGAUCUUGCUAUCGAAAAAAUCCGAACCAUUUCUCUGAGUUAAGUCAUCCGGGAGAUUCAGAUUACGAGUCUCCUCCCGGAUCAGAUGAAGAUGAAGAUAAACCUGAAUGUGAGUAUGGCUUGGAUUGCUACAGGAGGAACCCUUUGCAUAGGAAGCAGUUUAAACAUACAAAAAGAAAAGUUCCAAAAAGACAAACAGCAUUGAAACCUCACAAUGGGGAUAGUGAUGAUGAAUAUGAUGAUAGUUUCGUUGAUGAUUCAGAAGAAGAAAUCAUAGAUGAGGAUUCAGAUUGGGAUCCUUCUGUUGAUAAGAAAAAGAAACAAAAAGUGGAAAGUGAGAGCGAUGAGGAACUAGAAGAUGACAUCAUAAUGGAUUCUGAUUGAUAAUAAAGCUUUAUAAAUUUAUGAAUAAAUGUAGCAUAUUUUGUAAGAGAGUUUGUAAUAUGUGACAUCAAUUGUUUGUACUGUUGCCUGGUUUAUUCUUAAAUUUUAUAAUUUUUUACCAUUUGUAGCUUAGUUGUAUAGUUUCAAAAUUGUGAAAUUUAUAGUUGUUUGGUCGUUACUUUUUACAUGAACAACUGUUGCCGAUGUUAUGUAAGUAUAAAAAUUUACGCGUAAAUAUU